GUUGUGUCUUAAGGUAGUCGAUAUAGCUCUCAUUACUUUUGUUUGAUUUUUUUGUUGUUGUUUGAAUUAAGCUUACUACAAAUGUACUUUCUCACCAAGUUUUGUUUGAGUAUGCUAUUUUGUGGUGUUGUUUUUUGUUUUUUUGGUAGGCAACAGAUAAUGGCGGCAGCUACAGGGGAUCCUGGACUCUCCAAAUUGCAGUUUGCCCCCUUUAGCAGUGCCUUGGAUGUUGGGUUCUGGCAUGAGUUGACCCAGAAGAAACUGAACGAGUAUCGGCUAGAUGAAGCCCCCAAGGACAUCAAGGGUUAUUACUACAAUGGUGAUUCUGCUGGACUGCCAGCUCGCUUAACAUUGGAGUUCAGUGCGUUUGACAUGAGUGCUCCCACCCCAGCCCACUGCUGCCCAGCUGUUGGAACACUGUAUAAUACCAACACACUCGAGUCUUUCAAGACUGCAGAUAAGAAGCUCCUUUUGGAACAAGCAGCAAAUGAGAUAUGGGAAUCCAUAAAAUCGGGUGCUGCUCUUGAAAACCCUGUAUUCCUCAACAAGUUCCUCCUCUUGACAUUUGCAGAUCUAAAGAAGUACCACUUCUACUACUGGUUUUGUUACCCUGCCUUGUGUCUUCCAGAGAGUAUACCUCUCAUACAAGGGCCAGUGGGUUUGGAUCAACGGUUUUCACCAAAACAGAUUCAAGCCCUUGAGUGUGCAUACGAUGAUCUUUGUCAAACAGAAGGAGUCACAGCCCUUCCUUACUUCUUAAUCAAGUAUGAUGAGAACGUGGUGCUGGUUUCCUUGCUUAAACACUACAGUGAUUUCUUCCAAGGUCAAAGGACAAAGGUAACAAUUGGUGUAUAUGAUCCCUGUAACUUAGCCCAGUACCCUGGAUGGCCUUUGAGGAAUGUUUUGGUCCUAGCAGCCCACAGAUGGAGUAGCAGUUUCCAGUCUGUUGAAGUCGUCUGCUUCCGCGACCGCACCAUGCAGGGGGCGAGAGACAUUGCCCACAGCAUCAUCUUCGAAGUGAAGCUUCCAGAAAUGGCAUUUAGCCCAGAUUGUCCUAAAGCAGUUGGAUGGGAAAAGAAUCAGAAAGGAGGCAUGGGACCGAGGAUGGUGAACCUCAGUGACUGUAUGGACCCUAAAAGGUUAGCUGAGUCAUCAGUGGAUCUAAAUCUCAAAUUGAUGUGUUGGAGGUUGGUCCCUACUUUAGACUUGGACAAGGUCGUGUCCACCAAAUGUCUGCUGCUUGGAGCCGGCACCUUGGGUUGUAACGUAGCCAGGACGUUAAUGGGUUGGGGCGUCAGACACAUCACAUUUGUGGACAAUGCCAAGAUCUCCUACUCCAAUCCUAUAAGGCAGCCUCUGUAUGAGUUUGAAGAUUGCUUAGGAGGUGGGAAGCCCAAGGCUCUGGCUGCAGCAGACCGGCUCCAGAAAAUAUUCCCGGGAGUGAACGCUAGAGGGUUCAACAUGAGUAUCCCCAUGCCUGGACAUCCGGUGAACUUCUCCAGCGUCACCUUGGAGCAAGCCCACAGGGAUGUGGGGCAGCUGGAGCAACUCAUCGAAAGUCAUGAUGUCAUUUUCCUAUUGAUGGAUACCAGGGAGAGCCGAUGGCUUCCCACUGUCAUCGCUGCAAGCAAGAGAAAGCUGGUCAUCAAUGCUGCCUUGGGAUUUGACACAUUUGUUGUCAUGAGACAUGGCCUAAAGAAGCCAAAGCAUCAGGGAGCCGGGGACUUGUGUCCAAGCCACCCUGUGGCAUCUGCUGACAUCCUGGGCUCGUCACUUUUUGCCAACAUUCCUGGUUAUAAGCUUGGCUGCUAUUUCUGCAACGAUGUGGUGGCCCCAGGAGAUUCCACCAGAGACCGGACCUUGGACCAGCAAUGCACCGUGAGUCGCCCAGGACUGGCCAUGAUUGCAGGAGCUUUGGCGGUGGAACUGAUGGUUUCUGUUUUGCAGCACCCAGAAGGGGGCUAUGCCAUUGCCAGCAGCAGUGACGAUCGCAUGAAUGAGCCUCCAACCUCUCUAGGGCUUGUGCCUCACCAGAUCCGGGGAUUUCUGUCACGGUUUGAUAAUGUCCUUCCUGUCAGCCUGGCAUUUGACAAAUGUACAGCUUGUUCUUCCAAAGUUCUUGAUCAAUACGAACGAGACGGAUUUAAUUUCCUAGCCAAGGUGUUUAAUUCUUCACAUUCCUUCUUAGAAGACUUGACCGGUCUGACAUUGCUGCAUCAAGAGACCCAAGCUGCUGAGAUCUGGGACAUGAGCGAUGACGAGACCGUCUGAGACAGCCCCUCCCUGACCACCUGCUGAAGAGUGCUUGGUCCGGAGCAGGACUGGUGACGCUGGGCUGGUGCCCUCCAACCUGUCUGGUCCCUGCUCUCCAGACCUGAAGGACUGGAGCCCCUUCUGUUGCCCAGGAGCUCCCAGUGUUCUGCGUUUCUCAUGAUUCAUGAUCUUGCCAGUUCUGAACUAAAUAAUAACCUUGGCUCUAGCAUUGCCAUUCAUCUGGGACUUGGUUCCCCCCAUGUGCAGUUCUGUUUUUCUUAUUGCCACAAAUGUUUGAUACAAGCUCCCAGGAUGCUUUCUCCUUGACCCCCAGGGAUUGGCAGUGAGGGAGCACUUGGCCCAACCACAGACCAACACAGUGAGGGAAAAGAUGGGACACCAGCUUCUGCCAGGAGCCCUUGUGGGGAGGCAGGGCCCAGCCCCUGGGCUCCACUGCAGACUCCUCCCAUCACCUCACACUUGUCCCAGUGACCCCAGCACGCCACCAAGGACAGGCUAAGGUGCCUGCCUCUCAGCCUGUCCUCUGCUGUGGACAUAACUGGGCCUGCUCAAAGGAGGGAUGGAGUCUCAGGCCAGACCCAGGCAGCUGCCUGGGUGGGAGGCUCCUCCCUGCCCCUGUGGGCUCACAGGGCCCAGAGUAGGCUUAGCUGCCUGCCUGUUCCACCUCACUGGUGACUUGGACGCCCUAACACUAGUGUGGGGUGGCUGUCCCUGUGUGCCUGUCUCCAUUUGAGGGGUCAGAGGGCUCAAACACAAGUUACGUGGGCAAGGGCUGGUUUGCCUCUCUCCUGGAUUUGUGGGUAAGGCCCACAGGGCUGGGUAUGGAAACCCAAGGGCACGUCCUUAUUGUCUAUGACCGAGAGUGACAUGUCAUUGUCCCUACAGUGGCAGAGGGGUUAGCGGCACCCUUUCCAUACUUUUUAUUCUUAUGGCUUUUAAAUUUUGUCUCAAGACUAGCACUAAAGUCAAAAUUGAAUCUGGGGCUGACUCGUACAACGGUAGGACUUCUGUCGGGUAUAUGUGUUUAUUGUUUUGAGACCGAGUCUCACUCUGACACCCUCUUGCUUUAG